AUGAGUGAAUGCAGCACUAUACGUACAGACAGGAGGCAUAGGCGGGCUAGGCCCGAUAAUGGCUCGUUUAACUAUAAGAGAAAGAUAAUUUUUGAGAAAAAAGAAGAUCACGGCUCUUUUAAUGCAUUGGAUGAAUGUGUUGCAUGUAGUGCAAUGAAUUGCUUAGGAGCACUAGAUGGAACUCAUAAUAGAGUGAGAGUACUUAUGGAUGAUAAACCAAAAUAUCGUACUCAAAAAAGUAAAAUAGCUACAAAUGUCUUAGGUGUAUGCUCCAAAGACAUGAAAUUCAUAUAUGUGUUACCUUGUUGGGAAGACUUUGCAGUAGAUGAUGCUAGAUAUACUAAUUGUAAGAGAUUUCUUGCUUCAUACCGAGGCCAACGUUAUCACCUCAACUAUUGGGAAGAUGGGAAUCCUCCUAAAAAUCCACAAGAAUAUUUUAAUAUGAAGCAUUCAUCUGUUAGGAAUGUCAUUGAGAGAUGUUUUGGUCCAAUUAAGAAUCGAUGGGCAAUUCUUAGGAGUUCGUCAUUCUAUCCAAUAAAGACUCAAAAUCGAAUCAUUUUGGCAUGUUGUUUGCUUCACAAUUUUAUAAGAAGAAAAAUACCAACUGAUAAUUAUAUGCUUUCAGAGAAUGAGAUUGAUAGUGGAGAUGAAGAAGAUGUUGAUGGAUCCAUAAGAAGUAUUGAAGCUUCUGAAGAGUAG